UGUAUUGUAAAUAGAAGUCCAAUUAAUAAUACGUAAUACGUCGUGUGUUUGAAUGAAUGUGUACGUGCAAUACAGUAGUAUGUAGUAGUAGGCUAUCAGCUGCUGUUAAAUAGACUUUAUCAUACAGAUAAAGAGGAAAUAGAUAUAAAUUUGUGGUGUAAAGUUUUUAGCUUCGUAUACUUCAAUACAACAUGGUGCUUCUAACCUAAAAUAUGAAAAUAUAAAAGGAAAGUUGUUUUGACAUUCCUUCGAUUUGUUUGGAUAAAAUAUUCGGUGUGUUAUUGCUCAGAUGGAAAGGAUUAUUACAUUAAAUAAAUAUGUCCAAAACUAGAAACAAUAUACGCAGCAGUGAGGAACACAGCAGCUUAUCUUCUUGUACAUCAUCAUCAUUAUCAUCAGAUGAAGAUGAAAUUGAUACAAGAGAUUUAAAACCAAUUAAGAAUUAUUUAUCAAAUCGUAAAGAAUUAGCCCAACAACUUUUCAAAUCUGUUAAGCCAGAAAAGAUUCGUAUGAUGCUGCCUCAAGUUUUGAAACAUGUAAAUUUAAGUGAACUAGAAGAAUACUGUGCGAAUGAGUUAAAUGGUAUGUCUAAAGCUCGAAUAUUAUCGAAAUUAAAUGGCAAACCUAUGUUGGAAUCUUCAGACACAAGCGAAUCAGAUGAUUCAGGACCUUCUCUAGAAAUUAUUUCUGAUACAGAAGAAUGGUUGACAGAUGACGAUACAUCUAAAAAGGAAAAUGGUAAACAGGGAAAGUUAAUAAAACGAGAUAAAACAAAUAUUAAAAGAAAACUACAUAUUAAGAAAAAUGAUCCAGAUAAGUCUAAUUCUAAAGCGAAAUGUAAUAUUAAAAAUGAAAAUCGUGAUAAAACUAAUAAGCAUGUUAAAAUUAAAAAAGAAGAUGAUAAGGAAGAUAAAGGAAAAGAAGGAGACAGUUUGUUAGAUUUAUUAGAAUUAGAAAUGCGAGCUCGUGCUAUAAGAGCUUUAAUACGAAAAGAGGAGGACAUAAUUCCAUCCACUAAUCCAUCAGAAAUAAAUGACAGUCAAGCAAUAGAGAAUAACAUUAGAACACGACACGACGAUGAUAAGGCUAAAGAAAAUUGUCGCAAGCAGUUAGAACAAAUUAUCAGUGCUCAACAAAGUAAAGGCGAAGAUGAAGAUGUUGUUUUAGUAAUUCAACCUACCCCAGUUGUCGAAUUAUUAUCUAGUGAUAGUGAUGGGCAAAUUCAUGACGAAACACGAGUAAGUCAAAAAUUGAAAAAUGAACGUGCAACGGAAACUGGAAAAUCUGCAAGUAAUUCCAUUGAAAACGCGAAGAAUUCUAGCAAAACUCUAGAAACUCAAGUAACAGGGGCACACGAUAAUACAAAUAUUGUAACCAAAACAAAUUUAAGUAGCGAAACAAGAACAAUAAUGCCUGAUAGAAAUGUUGAUAUAAAGAACAAUACAUUAUCAAUAUCAAUUUCUGCAGAUAACGUUGCGGAGAGACGCAAAAAAUCGAAGAAAAAGUCACAUACAAAAUUACAGCUUACUUCUACCAGCGAAAACACUUCAAAAUCAAAACAGAUUAAUACCGAGAUUAUAGAACGAUCAGAUGAUGUACAGGAUGUAAAUACUACAGAACAAUUAAGCCUUUCUGAAGAAAAUACAAUUAUCACGGAAGAAAAGAGUAAGACGAAAGAAAUACCGAAAGAGAGUAUAAUUGAAGAAGAGAAAUCGGCAGAUUUGGAUGAGAUAAUUGAUUUAGAUGAUUAUUGUGAUGUUAUGGAUAUAGAAAAUUGUGAUGAGAGUCAAGAUGAAGUUAUUGUUCCUUCUCAAGAAGAACAUAAGCAAUCUGCAUCUGGCGCAACUUUGCCGAAAUCAGAUUCAAUGGAAACUUGGGCAUCACGCUAUUAUCAAACUGACGAUGUUCAGAAUGUAAUAAAAGAAUCUAAGAUACAGUCUGAGAUUCGAAAGCGAUUGAGAGAACGUCAAAGAUUAUCUAAGUUGAAUAAAUCGCCAAAUUUGAAUUCGUCUUCACAAUCCUCUUCAACUGAUACAACUGCUACAUCUGAAAAAAUUCCAACAGGAUCAGUAGAAGAAUAUUUGGCUUUGAAGCGUGCAAUGAAUGCAAAUGUUAGCAAUGUUAGCACAACUAACAAUAAUAAUAAUACAACGCAAAAUAAUUCUGAAACUUCUGAAACUAUUAAUUCUAAUAGCGAUAUUAAUGCAAAAGAAAUGUUAGUGCAAGAUGAAAGUAUUUCUUCUCAUCAAGAAUAUACAGAUAAUGAUGCACAGAAAGUUAUUACUUCUGAAAUUACUGAAUCUACCGAACUGGCAGAAGCUGUUGCUGAUACAAAAUCUGAUACAAAUCCUGAUACUCAACCUGGUUAGUUUAAAUGUAAUUAAAUUUUAAUUUUAAUAUUAAUAAAUGUAUUCUGGGAAAUAUAUCUCUCAAGAAUUCUUAUAUAUAAAUCUAUAUUAUAUAUAUACUGUAUAUAUACGUGCGUAAAUAAUAUAUAAUGAUAUGUAGAAUAAUAAAGAACACACUACAAAACUCUAAA